AUGGAUCCUCAAUUCAAAUACGAGAAACUCGUAGAAAACGAUAAGAAGCCGGCUAGAUCGCCAGCAAGGCGGUUUUGGUCCAGAAGGCCAAACGGGCGGGUUAAGGGUCUCAAGCUUUCAAGGUGUAGGAAGCUGAGCUGGAGGCCGUUUGUGAUCACGACCGUGCUUUCUAGAAAGAUCCAUAAGAUAUGUGCCGAUUUUGUGGAGAGGAUGAAGAGUGACGAGGCUUGCCCGGCUAUCCUGUUUUCGUGCCAGUGGGGACUCCCUGUGCUUAGCCAUUCAUCUGUUAAAAGCAGCAGGAAGAAUUAA